AUGCAGCAUCCAAUAGAUCCAUUCUCAUGCGUCCUCUCUCUCUCUCUCUCUCUCGCAACUGCACAGAUAUGCUGCCAUGCUUCUUUUGCCUGCCGCGAACUCCCCUGCCCCAGUGGAGUUUUCCUCUCCCCAUCUGCGCGUUCGCACUUCUACCCGAACAUCGACGUCACCAGUGCAACCAGAAAGCGCCCCCAACUGUCAACCAGAAACCCUUUUCGACAAUGA